CUUGGCGCUCUUCAUUCGAAAAUGUUAUGCUUUCCCAAAUCCAUUAUCACGUGCGCACUUUCUUUACCUCCUUCCUCGAUUCACUGCAACUCCAGUCCAGCACCCAUUUCUCUACCUUCUCCAUCAAAAUCCACAUCCCUCUCUCUCAACGGCUUCAAUGACACUCAAACGCGGCUCUCUCAACCUGUUAUCCCUCUCUUCAACGCAAACUUUCCCCCAUAUUCCUCUCUCAUACAAUCCUGCAUCGACUCCCAAUCCUUUGAUGCAGGAAGAUCCAUCCAUGGACGGAUGCUCUCCGAGGGCCUCGUCCCAGACGCCUACUUACAAACCAAAAUCCUCAUGCUUUACGCAAGAAGCGGCAACAGGGGUGAUUUGGCCACCGCACGCAAGAUGUUUGACGAGAUGCCUGAGAGAAACUCUACUGCUUGGAACACCAUGAUCCUGGCCUAUUCACGGGAAAAAGAUCACGAGGAGGUUUUCAAGCUCUUUUUUCAUAUGCUGAGAGAUGGAGCUUCCCCUGGUAAGUUUACAUUCCCCAGUGUGAUUAAGGGAUGCAUUGCACUGGAUGAGAGAGAGGCGGUUUCUCAACUCCAGAGUUUGAUAAUUAAGGUCGGAUUGAAUAGUAAUCUGGUGGUAGGUGGAGCUUUAGUUGAUAGUUUAGCUGGAUUUGGAUGGAUGAAUGAUGCAGUUGCUGCUUUUGAUGAAAUUAAUGGCGAUAAUGUGUUCAUUUGGAAUUCUCUUCUGGGCGGCUAUAUGAAGCUUUCAAUGUUGGAGGAAACUUGGUGUACUUUUCAUGAAAUGCUAAGUGUUGGUGCUGUGCCUGAUCACUUCACAUAUGCUACUGUCAUAAGGUCAUGUGGCUCCUUGAAAUCUUUGACUAAAGGAAAGCUGUUGCAUUCAUAUACAAUCAUCUCCGGGUAUGAAUCCGAUGUUUUCAUAGCGAAUUCUCUUAUCGAUAUGUAUGCCUGCUGUGAUGACGAAUGCAGUAGCAGAAUGGUGUUUGAACUCAUCAGAGAAAAGAAUCAAGUCAGCUGGAACUCUAUAAUAGCUAGCUAUGCUCACCUUGGGCUCUAUGAUGAAGCUCUUCAUCAAUUCUCAACAAUGCAGGCUUCUGGUCAUCAAUUCGAUAGGUUUAAUUUAGGCAGCAGUCUCGUGGCCUGUGCUGCAUUGGCUGAUUUGGAUAUGGGAAGGCAGUUUCAUGGUUACCUGCUUAGGAGAUCCCUUCAUGCAGAUUUAAUACUCGGUACUGCUGUUGUUGAUAUGUAUUCGAAAUGUGGUUGUCCAGAGAAAGCUCACCGUGUAUUUGAUGAAUUGGAAGAGAGGAGUGAGCUCUCCUGGAAUGCUUUGAUUUCAGGAUAUGUGCAAGAAGAGAAUGUAGAAGCAGUGAUUCAUCUUCAUCAUAAGAUGAGUUUAGAAAUCCCGCCCGAUGAAUUCGCGCUUUCCAAUCUGUUAAGUUUAGCUGCUAAUCAAGAGAGUUUAGAUCUAGGAAAGCAGAUCCAUGCCUAUAUAACUAGAGUUGAUGCUAAACUAAAUGUGGUGGUGGAGACUGAGUUGCUUAACAUGUAUGUUAGAUGCAAUAGGUUAAGAGAAGCUGAAAGUAUUUUCUACAGUAUGAAGGAAAGGAAUAAUUACUCCUGGAAUUGUUUGAUGGAUGGAUACGAGGAAAAUGGUAAUUAUUUAUCUGUGUUAUUUUUAUUCUAUCAAAUGCAACUUAAAGGGAUGAAGCCAGAUAGUUUUUCGCUGGCCAGUGCACUUUCUUCUUGUAUUGGGCUAUCAGAUGUAAGUAAGGGGAAGCAAAUUCAUGGAUUUAUGAUCAGAAACAGAAUAGAAGAUCAUAAAAUUCUUCGCUGCAUGCUUGUUGAUUUGUAUGGAAAAUGUAAGGUUUUAAACUAUGCAUACAAAGUUCAUGAGAGGGCGCAAGACAAAGAUGUGUAUCUAAAUAAUGUGAUGAUAUCGGUGUUGUUGGAAUGCGGAAUAAUCAAUAAAGCAAGAGAGCUGUUUGAGGAGAUGGGAGAGCGAACAUUAGUUUCAUGGAAUAUGAUGCUAAUGGGAUACUCAAAAUAUGGUUUCAGGAAUGAGGCAUUCAGACUGUUCUUUAGAUUGGCCGAAGAUGGGGUGAUUUAUGGUUCGCUAACCCUGGUUCCUUUGUUCAAUCUGUGCGCAAGCUUACCGGGCCUUGAACUUGGGGAGAUGCUUCAUGCCAUUGUGAUCAAGAGAGGUUUCUCUUAUAGCUUAGUAGUUUUGGAUAGCGCAAUGGUUGACAUGUACUCAAAAUGUGGGUCACUAGAAGAUGCGAGAAGGUACUUCGAUCACAUGGGCGAGCGAAAUAUUGUGGCGUGGAAUUCGAUGCUAACUGGAUACGGAAAGCAUGGGCGUAGUAGUGACGUCUUUGAGCUGUACAAGCAAAUGCUGAAAGAAAAUGUAAAACCAAGUGGUGUAACCUUCCUUGCCCUUCUCUCGGCAUGUAGCCACAAUGGAUUAGUAGAAAAGGGAAUAAGUUGCUUCAUUGACAUGCUAGAGGAAGAUGAAGUUGAUGUUCGAGCUGAGCACUACACUUGUAUGGUCGAUCUGCUAGGAAGAGCUGGCUUCUUGGAAGAAGCUCAUCAAGUAAUCAACAACAUGCCGAUAGACCCCGAAGUGUCAACCUGGGGAGCCCUGCUUGGGGCUUGUCGGCUUCAUAAAGAGGUCGACUUAGGCCAGCUAGUCGCAGAGAAGCUCUUUCAAAUAGAUUCAGAAAAUUCUGGGCACUAUAUUUUGAUGGCGAACUUAUAUUCAUCAGUAGGAAUGUGGAAGGAAGCUGAUCACAUUAGACAGCUGAUGAGAUCAAGAGGUGUGAAGAAAGAACCUGGAAUAAGUUGGAUCCAGAUAGAUAAUGAGGUACACACCUUCCAUGCUGGAGAUCGAAAUCAUCCCCUUGCUGAAGAAAUCUACAGGACUAUGAAGGAUUUAACUAGAAAGAUGAAGAGAAUGGGGUAUGUUCCUGAUGAUAAUUUUGUGCUUCGGAAUGUGGAAGAUAAGGAGGAGUACUUGCUUCAGCAUAGUGAGAGGCUAGCAGUUGGCCUAGGUCUCAUAAAAUUGGACAAGAGAUCUGUAAUUCGAGUGUAUAAGAACUUACGCAUAUGUGGGGAUUGUCAUAUUGCUAUUAAACUCAUAUCUGAGAUAACUGGGAGAACUAUAUUAGUGAGGGACAUUAGCCGGUUUCAUCAUUUCAAGGAUGGGGUUUGUUCUUGUGGGGAUUAUUGGUGAUGGAGAAGCGGCCUGAAUUUCAUGGAAAGUUAUCUUCUGUGAAAAGUACUACCAUAUUACUGGAAAUGUGGAACUCCAUCAACUUUUGCAAUUGCUUGGAAUCCUAAGUAAAGAACUAUCCAGAUUAGUACAAUAAUUGAAAGCGAAAGAGUCAUGUAAACUCAAAUAAGGAGCAGAAGCAGAAUCAGAUUAGGCCAAAUAUUGUGUCAGUCAUAUCUAUUACUCUAGUAAUGAGUUGAUAAACAAAUGAUGCAUGUAAUUUAGUAAUUUUGAAUGAUUUUUUUUUUUUCUAAUUUUCAUCUGGUGUGUAUAAAUUGGAUGCAAGAUUCAUUUGAGUGCAUUACAAAUACGACUACUAUUCAUGAAGGAAGCCAUCUCCUUGUAUUGAUGCAGAUAUC